AGAAGACACUCAGUGGCACACCUACAAACGUUGCCAGUUGAAUUGCCUCUUUGAAGAGUCAGUCAGAGGAGCGCCACAUCGGCAGGUGUCGACGAUGGAGACAACGGACACAAGCAUCUCCUCAGAGGAGAAGAAGAGAGGCCUUGACCAAAAGGUGUUUGUCAACAGAAGCCUGACCCUAGAAAAUAUUAAAUGCUAUGGCUUUGACAUGGACUACACGCUAGCAGUGUAUAAGUCUCCGGACUACGAGAGCAUGGGCUUUGAGCUGAUGAGAGACAGGAUGGUGUCGAUUGGAUACCCUCAUGAGAUUCUACGCUACAAGUACGAUCCCAGCUUCCCCACUCGAGGUUUAGUGGUUGACACCACAUAUGGGAAUCUCCUGAAGGUGGAUUCAAAUGGGAAUAUUUUAGUCUGCAGUCACGGCUUUCAGUUCCUCAAAGGUGAAGACAUUCACAAAUACUACCCGAACAUGUUCAUCCAGAGAGACGACACCGACCGCUUUUAUAUCCUCAACACUCUCUUCAAUCUUUCAGAGACUUAUCUGUACACCUGCCUGGUUGACUUCUUCACUGGAUGCACCAGAUACACAGACCUCCUGAAAGGUUUCCAGCACGGUGACUUGUUUAUGUCCUUCAGAAGCAUGUUCCAGGAUGUUCGAGACGCAGUGGACUAUACUCAUAAUACAGGAACUCUGAAAGAAUUAACUACCAAGAAUUUGGAGAAAUACGUUGUCAGAGAUCCGAACCUCCCUGUGCUUCUGACCCGGAUUAAAGAGGUGGCCAAGGUUUUCCUAGCCACCAACAGUGACUACAACUACACUGAGGCCAUCAUGACAUACCUGCUGGAAAGUAAUGCUAAGCCUGGAAGCCCCAAAAAGGGCUGGCGCUCUUAUUUUGACCUUAUUGUCGUGGACACCAAAAAGCCGCUGUUCUUCGCAGAGGGGACUGUGCUGAGACAAGUGGAAACGAACACAGGAAAGCUUCGGAUUGGGACUUACACUGGUGACCUCCAGCAUGGAACAGUCUAUUCUGGAGGAUCCUCAGACAUUGUUUGUGACCUCCUGGGCGUCAUAGGCAAGGACAUCCUCUACGUCGGAGAUCACAUCUUUGGCGACAUCCUGAAGUCUAAGAAGCGUCAGGGCUGGAAGACCUUUCUGGUCGUACCGGAGCUCACCAAAGAGUUGCAAGUGUGGGAGGAAAGGAAAAAUCUCUUUGAGGAGCUGAAACGUCUUGAUCUCUACUUAGCUGAACUUAACAAGCACCCAGACAGCACCAGUCAAGAGUACCGUGACAUUGCUUCCAUUCAUUUGAGAAUGAGGCUGCUGACAUACAGAAUGGACAUGUCAUACGGUCAGAUGGGCAGCCUCCUGCGCAGCGGCUCCAGGCAGACGCUGUUCGCCAGCCAGCUGAUGCGUUAUGCAGACUUGUACUCCUCCAACUGCCUCAAUCUGCUGCACUACCCCGUCAAUUACCUCUUCAUGGCUCCUCCAGUGCAGAUGCCCCAUGAAGUUAUUUCUGAGAGCUCUGCAGACUUUGCUUCAUCAGUGUGUUCUGUCAACAACCGUGCUGCCACAAACAAAAACUGAGUGACAGCAGACUCAGUUGACGGGGAUGAAGAUGCUACAGAGGAAUCCUGUAAUGUGCAUCUUCUUGUCAUGAACAAUUCUCAGUGCUGAAGAUGGCUGUUCGCACCCAUGCGCAUACGAAGGGUUUAUUCCGAGCCUGAGGCGCACACAUUACCAAAAAAACUAACUUCAUGCUCCACCUGCAGAAUGCGGCUUGGUAUGUCGACAUAACUCAAGCACGGUGACAGUUUAGGAUUUAAAGCAGAAACAGACUCAGGGUUACUGUGGAGCGUUUUUACAUCUAGUUUCAAAGGUUAAAGGUUUUAAAGGUUUGUACACUAAAGUAAAGCUACUAAAUAAGCAUAUAAGUCAGUUUCAUGUAAGCCUUAAAGAAAUAAUAUUCACACUGGCUUUUCUUUUGUAUAAAGAAGUUGCAGUGACAGUUGUUUACAAGAGCAGCCUGCACGUCUUCUGGGCAUAUACAGAUCAGUUUUUAAAUACAAGCAUUACUCUUAAAGCUCAGCAACGGAUCAUUUAAACCAGGACUGAAAAUACUAGAAUAUAUGCUAGAUAUCCUUAGAUUCAAAUUGGAGGAAAGCUAACUUCUAUUGAAAUGUUUUGUGCUGAAUUGAUCUUUUAAGAUUUUACUUUCUGCAUUGAAUCUUUUCUCCACUGGGUGGCGCCUGAUCACCUCUGCAGUACACCUGAGGAAUGAUUUUUGUGUGGCUUAAUGAGUUUAUAUUUAUACCCACAGCAAAUAUAUUAAAUAGUUUUAUCUCCUUAAACAGACAUUUAAUCUUCCGAAAAGCCUUCAUCACUUUUAUAACAGAUGCUUAUAAGGAACAGCGGCACGCCCCCCACUGAGUUAAACUUAUUUUAAAUAUAUCAAAGCAGAAGUAGAUGUUAAUAUCAGGAGCCUCCAGCUGGCUCUGCAUUCAUCAACAAGAGCGUUAAGAGAUGAGAUGCAACAUGUGAGCAAACACUUAGAUACACUUAAAAAUCUGUGUAGUUCUGCAGAAUACAGGACACCUGAACCUUUAUCAUUUCAUCUCUGUGUGUGUGUCUCACAAGCACACAUACACAGACACACAUUUUCUCCUCUUGUUACUGUAGGAAAUCAGCACUCAUGUGUGAUUAUGGGUGACUGCCGCGUUGCUUUUCCAUCGGUUGGAGUGUGCAGAGUGUCGGCGUUUUCACGCUGGACUCCUGUACAGACGGAAGAAUCAGUGACAUUUCACUCUGAUAGAAAACUUCAGCUUUGUAGUAACGUGCUGCUCGUGUUAUUUAUUUAUCUUCCUAACUAUAAUUGGAGCAUUAGUCAAGGUGAAGAAAUCUCUCUGUGUGAGGAAACGGCUUAAAGUUAAUCUGACUUAAUCUGAGCUCAUUACUGUUUUAAAAACUUUUUGUUUUAAACUCUAAAUGUGGUUGAUUUUUAAAAAGACAUCUUUAAGUAUGGGUCAUUUUUAGAUAAUCAAAGUUUAACUUUUUUUUUAAAUUUCCCACCAGUGAAGGUCUUCAUAUUUUAACACUUUAGCUGCCUGCUGCAUUGUUUUCAGCUCAGCCACGAGAGCUAAAUCCAAGAAUCGCUGCGUUUAUGAGUUCCUCCUGCCUGUGAGCACACACAUGAACAUUUCCUUGAUGAUUUCACUUCUUGUAUUGGGGCUAUUUUGGUUUAUUUGGACUUCUGCUUGGCCAUUGUCUGUUGGUCACCUGUGUUUAUUGCUGUUUCUUGAUUCAUUGUAUUCCCUUUGUCCUGUCAUAUUUUCUCACCUGCACAAAUCAUUUAAUCUCUUCUGUUUAAUCUGUUUUUAAAUAAACCACACUCAGUGUCC